UCAAAAGAAGAAGAGAAUCUGUAUGAAGAAGCAGAACCGUGCGAACCUCCAUCGUGGCCGCAUCAUUGUCGCGUAUUUCACCCUUGCACGCGCGCACGAAAAUACAACAUCAGAACUCAAGCGCGACUUCUCUCGAUCGAAUUAAAGCAUCCAAACUUUUUUAAGAGUAGAAGUAGAUUAGAAAGGAUCUUCAAGAUGGUUUACGAAAGCGACUUCUACACGACCCGGAGACCCUAUUCGCGGCCGCUAGUGUCCUCAUACAACGUCACGAGCGAGGUAAAGAGGCAAGACUACUUUCCCUGGGAGAAAGUUCCACUAGUGCCGCGACCGUCGCUGGUGCCGGAGCCGUUCACUGUAUGGGGUCGCAAGAAGCAAGAUCCGCGCAACGAGUUUUAUCAGUACGCUACGUUGCCGGACAAGGAAGGGAUAGUGCGCGGCAAGAACGCCGCCAAAGAAGAUCACAACCGUCAGCUGGUAGACGGCGGUGCAGUGUCCAAGGUCGGUCUAGAUGCUGCCGCCGAACUGGCCAUUCGCGGCCACGUCUUCAAAAAGGGCGUGCUCGCGCGAUCCUCCAACAAGGUCAGACAUGCCAACACGCCUGCUAGCAGCCACACCAAGAUCUUGAUGGCUCUUCAGACGCCGUCUUGGUACCGAUUCUAAUGAUGAAAAAUAAGAACAAAAAAAAAGAAAGAUAAAAACAAAGAAAGAAACGAGAAAAUGGAAUUAACAUUAAUAUUUAGAAUAUAUAUAAAUCAUUGUCUUUUUUUAGAACAAUUAGUUUUCUCUAGAAGGAAGAUGUAAUGGGAAUUAUUAUACAUAUAUUAUAGCUCGUUUUUGAUGAUGUUAAAUAAGAA